UUGCCGACCCGCUCUCAUCUACGCCGAGCAACCGCUGCUCUGUCCAAAGCGUCGUCUUUCUCUUCCUCUAAUUUUAUCCCUUUCUCAUUCCUCCGUUUCCUCCCCCGUCCCUGAUCCAAACCCUCUUUUUCCUUUAGUUCCCGACGGCCCGGGGAGUUAAAUAAGUGUUGUGUUCUCUGUUUUCGAUCCUACCGCUCAUCCCUCGUCUUCUUGUCCGGUGCCCAACGCAAGCCCUCUAUUGCCUUCAAGCUUCCGACAGACCAGGGAAUAUAAUCAGUGCCUGACGGAAGCCGCCUCUUGCUUUCUAGUUUCCGAUUGACCAGGGAAUCAAGUAAGAUUCAGCUAUGGAGGUUGACCAUUACAGCAUCUUGGGUUUACCUUCGGGCGAGGAAGGAGCCAAUUUGACCAAAAAAGAAAUUACCAAGGCUUAUAGAGAAAAAGCCCGUGAUCUUCAUCCUGAUAAGCGAAAAGAUGAUCCGAAUGCCCAUGAAAACUUUAUAAAGCUCAAAUCCUCGUAUGAAAUUCUUGUUGACGACAAAGCUCGUAAGCUCUUCGAUGAUCUUCUCCGGGUGAAACGUGAACAGCAGCGUCGUUUUGCACAGCAAGAUACAAAGCGAAGGAAAAUGAUGUCAGAUUUGGAAGAUCGAGAACGUGCUUCUUUUGCUCCGGAUCCUGCUGUAACUGCUAAAGAGGAAGAAGAGAGGAUUGCUAGGAAAUUAAAAGAGGAAAUUGCAAGGAUCCGUGCAAUGCACGCUGCUAGUAAGGGUGCUGGUAUGGGUAGGGGCUCAGGUUCAGGCUUUAAUCAAGACAAGGUUGGGAGAGAAGGGAAUAAUGAGGGUGGGGCUAGUGGGGAGUUGGAUAAAGAGAAGGUUUUAAAGGUUUCUUGGGAAAGAAUUGGGGAGGGUUAUACAGCAGAGAAGCUAAGGCAAUUGUUUUCCGGGUUCGGGGAAGUGGAGGAUAUUGUAAUCAAAAGCUCAAAGAAAAAAGGGUCUGCUCUAGUAGUCAUGGCUACUAAAGAAGCAGCUGUUGCUGCUACGGGAAGCGUUAUUGGGGAUCUGCACAAUCCAUUGCUGGUCGUGCCUCUUAAACCGGCAAUUGUUGCAGAUUUUUUAGCUCCCCGGAAGGCCGAGGAACCUGAUCGUUUCAGUAAUCUGGUUGGGGCUGGUUUCCAAGCUUUUGAAGAUUCUGUUUUAUCCAAACUGAAAAAGGCUGCCGAAAAACAACAGAAGUGAUGUAGAAAAGGCCUUGAAGUUUAAAAUUACAUUUUGACUAUACAUGCAGCAACAGUGGUGAUGGACGAGGGGAAUGACGAGGGAUGAGGGAGAUCAACAUAGGAUUUUUUUUUAAAUAACAUAGGAAAAUUUGAAAGUAUUAUAUAUUUUACAUAUUAUAUUAUAUAACGUGUAGGGUGUUGUACACGUGAAAUUAUUUUAACAUUUCACGUUUGUUUCUAAAACAACUAAUGCCGAG